CAAACAAAAUCUAUGCUCGAUUAAGUUUCUCACAGUCUAAACAGAAUGAAUUUCAUUAUUGAAAGUUGAUUUUGGCAUCUCAGCGGUUUGUGAUGAAAUGGUACUUAUCACCUUUCAACUGCACCUGACUGGAGCAGCUGUUUUUGGUCUGUGCGCGCUACAUUAUCAGGGUGGUUUCGGAAGUGAUCUAGGAUUUCAUGCACUUCAAAUUACAGUUGCAUUUAUUUUUUGGCCCAACUCUGAUUAUUUCCAACUCUUGCAGGACACGUGAAAUGAGCGGGUGGCUCCGAAACAGCUCAUCUGUUGGACAAUAAAGGAAUGUCCUUUAUAAGAUUUGCUGGCGCCUUGUGAAACACCUACUGCUGCAGUCAGCGAAGGAAGUUGGAGAUCAAGUCAUCCUCAUGACACGUUGGAUGAUGCGAAAAAAGAAGCGUUCGUCUGCAGCUAACGAGGACCCAGCAACCGCCUUAGCCACCAAGCCAAAGAAGAGUCGUGCCACUGCUCGACAGACCAAAGAUGCCCCAGAGGAAACAGUGGGCGGUGUUUUUGCCUCUUUUCUCCGAGAGGCUGGUGUCACGCUGAAGCAAGGAGGGACGCCCAAUGAGAUUUCUGUGGACCAAGUUAUUUUGCAAAAAAGGAUCCAGCAAAAACUACAAAAGAGUCCGCGGUACCCUGGUAUAAUUCAAGAAUUUAUUUCGGGAUUGGAGUCUUACAUCGAGGACCUGGAGAGGUUCAGAAACUGUCUCCUCCCGUGUGCUCCACGAUUGCCGGAUGGAGAGUCAAGUUGUGUCAGCUCCUUUCAGGAGAGUCUGCUUCGCAUGCUUUUAGGCAUCGAGUUGUUACAGACUCUGAUCAUAAACACUUUACUUGAGAAAAUCCCGGAGUUUAUGCUUGAUGGUACUGGUGAUUUGGGUCUCAGCAUUCCCCGUAUAAUUAUAAACCAACUGAAAUGGCUGGACCGAGUGAUGGACAGCAAGCAACUGGCCGCCAAGCUGAUGGAGCUACUCUCCGUGGCUCCAGUGGACGUGCAGUGUGACAUAAUCACCAGUCUGCCUGAAAUUCUGGAAGAUUCUCAGCACAAUGAUAUUGCGAGAGAGCUCAAUGUUUUGCUGAAGGAGAACACACAGCUGACUGUCCCCAUCCUUGAUGCGCUCUCCAGCCUGAGCCUCAGUUCAUUGUUACUCACUGAGGUUCGUGAAUCUGUUAUGGCCACUUUGUCUGCUGUUCGACUGCAAGAUCUUCCUGUGGUGGUGAAGUUCAUUCUGCACUCACUCUCAUCUUCCGACGCAUUUGAGGUGGUAGCUAAUCUGCGUAAGAAGCUACAGCUGGAUGAGUGUGUGCUCCCCCCAGGCUUGCAAGCAUCCCAAAACAAACUGAAGGGCAAAGCAGCUCAAGGUUCCUCACAGUUCAACACUGAUGGCAGCCAAGAUGUAGUUGCGCUGUUAGUAGACGCCAUCAAGUCAGCAGUGCGAUUCCAGAAAUCCACAUCCGAGGCAUGGAUCAAGGCAAUCGAGUCUGUCGAGGAAGCAGAAGACCACAAGGUCAUAGAUCUGCUGGUGCUCUUCAUCCUUCACUCCACCAAUGCCAACCAGAGCCGGAAGGGAGCAGAGCGAUUGCUGAAAGUCAAAGUUCGGACUGGGUUAAUCCUAGAGGGCUUGCUCCAGAAGACGUUCAAGAACAAUGCCACGGUCCUGCGUGCGUACUUUCCCUCCAUCCUGGCUCUGGCUCAGAGCUUGCUGCGCUCACCCGAUCCUUGUGUGGGCCCCUUUGGUGGUCUGAUGUAUCGACACUCCUUUUGUACCUUUGAUUCAUACUGCCAGCAGGAGGUGGUGGGUUCUCUGGUGACCCAUGUGUGCAGUGGAGUGGCCAGUGAGGUGGACAUGGCUCUGGAGCUACUCUGCGGCCUGGUCACAGACAAGCCCUCUGACAUGGCGUCUUAUGUUGUUUUUGUCAAGGGAAUAUUAGACUACAUGGACAACCUCACCCCGCAGCAGAUCCGCACGCUGUUCCACCUUCUAAGCCGAUUAGCUUUUGGGGAACAACAGGGAUCUCAUAUCCAGGAUGACAUGCACAUCGUGAUCCGGAAACAGCUCUCCAGCACCGUCCCCAAGUACAAGCGCAUUGGUAUCAUUGGUGCUGUUAUGAUUGUGGGCAGCAUGGGGACCCUCAGGCAAAAAGAGAAGGGGACUCAAAAAGGGGCUUUAUCGCCAGACACAGUCAGACAGGUGUCUGCCCUGUUAGAUUUGGUUCACUCCAGCAGUGAAAGUUCACCUGAAGCUUCGGCUCUGUAUUAUGAUGAGCUGGCAAACCUGAUACUGACCUGUGACCUAGACCGACAAGUCCAAGAAAAGAUUGCACUCAGUGUUCUGGAUAGCUUCCAGGAUGACUUUGUCGUGGAUCUUGGGCCUGAAAUCUCAGGGUCCUUCCCAUUUCCUGCCAAGGUGAUGUAUAACCUGGAUGAAGAUGAUAGUCAAGGUGGCAUCGCCAUAAACCUGCUGCCACUUCUCACUCGAGACAUUCAGAUGAAAGCCGAGCAGCAGAGUGAGAAGAGGACGGAAAAAAACAGGAGAGUCUCGCCUCUCUGUCUGUCCCCUUUUUUCCGGCUGCUACGUCUGUGUGAGGAAAAGCAGCACCAGGGAGACCUGGAGGAAAUUGACGCCUUGUUGGGCUGCCCACUGAUCUUAAUGGACAUGGAUGUUGUCGACAAAAUGGAGAGCCUGUCGAAGUCAGAAAGAGAGUUUACCUGUGCCUUGCUGUUUCAUACCAUCAACUGGUUCAGAGAGGUGGUGAACGCCUUCUGUCGACAAAAGGAAACUGAGAUGAAAAUGAAAGUGAUCACACGUCUGCAGAACAUCACGUAUCUCCAGACGCUCCUGGAAAAAGCUUUGCUUGGCAUUCCUGGCUUUAUUCCGCCGGUGGCCAACUUUGAUGGUGACAGCAGUGACAUCAUUUUACCGAAUUCAUCUCUUCCUGCUAGCAAGGCCAAGAAAGAUGGACGAGGGAGGAAGAGGAAGGCCUCGCCUAAAAACACUUCUGGAAGCACUUCUCAGCUUGAAGAGGAAAUGGAGGUGGAGGACAGUCACCAGCUGGAACCCUGCGAGAAAGGGAACGAGAAAGAGAAGGAGAACAAGCAAGUAGUCAACAUGGGACCGUACCGGCAGUUCUUUAGGGAACUUGACAUGGAGGUUCUCAGUGUGCUGCAGUGUGGCCUGCUGUCACGAUCUGUGUUGGAUUCUGAGCUUCACACAAAGGUGCAGGAAGAUGUGCUUCUGGGUCCUGCUGAACUGGUCUUCUUGCUGGACGAUAUGCUACGAAAACUGGAGUUCUGUCUGACUGCCACUCCUGCCAAAAGAGUCCCCUUCCUCAAGGCUCGGGUCGACAGAAGUAUUGGCUUCUCCCACCUGCAGCAGCGCAGUACCAAGGAUAUCGCUUCUUUCUGCGUUCAGCUGCUGCCAGCUCUUUGCUCACAUCUGGAAAAUUGCCACAAUUUCUUUCAGACGCUGUUGUCAGAAAACAACGGUGUCGUUGAUGGACCUGCCACGGAUGUUGAAGAACACAAGCUGAUGUCUUCAGCCUACCAGCUGCUCCUUCAGGUCCUAAAUACCUCUUUCAGUUGGUCUGGCUUCAGCCACCCAGGGCAGCGGGGCUUACUUAAGAAGGCUCUGGCUGUUCUAGCUGGCAGGAUAAAAGAGAGAAGUGCUGAGCCAAAUCUGGAGCAGCUUGUGAAACACAGCUUUGAGUACCUGUUGAACUUCCGCGACACCAUCCCGAACCUGAGCACGGCAGUGUGCCUCUCCCAGCUUCUGUCUACUGUCUCUGAGAAAGGAGGAAGCCCUGCCUCCUUCAGAUUGCAACUUGCGUCUCUUGCGCAGAGUUUCCUGAGCCAAGCUUGGGUGACGCCCAGUGGGGAGAAGGAGCGAGGGAACAAGUUCAAUGAAGCACUACAUGCUGUUCUGAGCACCUACCUGGAACAUGUCGAAGAUGUCAUGAAUGCCAUAGAGGAGAUUUCUGGGGAAGGAAUUUCUGAGAUUAUUAACGCUUCGAAAGACGAGAGCUCCACGACCUGGCCGACUCUCAGCAGACAAACCUUCCUAGUAUUCUACAAGGUCUUGAUGGCAGAGCUGGAUAAAGCAGUCCGCAAGAUCCCUCCAGGAAAAAUAAGUGACACCCCUCAGGUUCAGAGUGAGAAGCUGCUCACCUGGAACAUAGCCGUCAGAGAUUUUCAUGUCCUGGUCAACUUAGUGAAGGUCUUUGACUCGAGGCCGGUGCUUAAUGUGUGCCUCAAGUAUGGCCGUCUCUUUCUGGAGUCGUUCCUGAAAUUGGGAAUGCCGUUGCUUGACUACAGUUUCAAAAGACACAAGGAGGACAUCCAAAGUUUGCUGAAGACCUUCCAGCUCAGCACCAGGCAGCUGCAUCACUUGUGUGGACAUUCUAAGAUUCACCAGGACACCAGCCUGACCAACCAUGUGCCAGCUUUGAAGAAAAGUCUGGAGCUAUUCAUUUACAGAGUGAAGGCCAUGCUGACCCUCAACAACUGCCAGGAGGCAUUUUGGAUGGGCAACCUCAAGAAUCGCAACCUGAAGGGAGAGGAGAUUCUUUCCCAGAGUGCACAAGCAAGCGAUGAGGAAGAGGAUGAGGAAGGCCGACCUGCAAUUCCUGCUCAGGAUCAGUCAGAGGACGAGGACAGUGACGCUGACGGAAACAACCGGGUGACCGAAGAGGCAGAUGGUGCACUGGAUUCAUCUGAUGACUCUGACUGACACUGUCAGAGACACAAAGGUUGUCUUGAGAUUUAUAAAGGUUCAAUAAUGUUGACGCAGUCAAUGGCUGGAUUUUAAAGCAGUACAUCAUUUCAUUUUAAGUAAACUCAAACUAUUAAUUCAAUUACUGAAAAAAAAGAUGACAAUGUCGUAGCAGCUUUCAGCUCACAGCCCUGGUACAUGUACACGCUCACAUAUGAGAUAUGGACACGGAUAUGAUCUGCCCAUUUGCAAGUGAAAACUACAAGCAAAUUCUGUAAUUGAUUUGACUCGCUCCUGUUCUUUUCCUUACAAUGAGAUUCUCUUGACAAAAACAACAUUCUGGUGAAUUUGUUGCCCAAGACUGAACACUGAGGUCUUUGUUCCAAGUAAAGCUGAGGGAAAGUAGCAGCUGUGAUUAGAGCGAUCUCUUGAUAAACCCCCUCUGCUCUUUGAUGCUGAGUUACAUGAACACAUUAAAGCCUUCGCUCUGCAGCGUCUCCUGGAUUUGCUUUAUAGAUAUGAGAAAUGUUUCAGGUUAGGCCGUCGAGCUAAUGUUCACCGUGUUGCAUCAGUUAGGAUUCAGAUGUUUCCAACUGUUGCGUAAGUGUUUCACAAGUCGGUUCGCGAGUAAACAAGUCUAUUUUGUUGCCAUUGUCGGCAUUAAAAUAUCUGUGAAAACAAUUAUGCAACAGAAGGACACACAGAAACAUCAACCGUGGUCAUAAUUCUGUUUGUAUUAAAUGUGUUCUUGUUCAUUUAAUUACUUCAAUGAGUAACGUCUUCAGUCGCUACUACGUUCAGGUCCUAAAAUUCUGCGAAUAACUGUUAACACAAAAAAGUGACAAUGCUCUGGGUAAAAUCAGAUCAGAAAUGGAGAUGAUUAUUGAAGGGGUUUCAAGUCACAUUUAUUGUUUUCAGUCACGAAGACCGAGGGGAGAUUUACUGCUGAGCUCAGUGAUGUCAGCAAGGUGGCAACACUAGAAAGGCAAUCGAACAGCAACUAGGAAGGCAGAGAGGCAAUGCGUACCUCCAUGCAAUGUCAUUGUCCAAACAGAGAGAGGCGCUUUGACCAACAAUGACUUAAUGCUGCUCAGUAAUGCAAUCUAUGGAGCAUUUCGUUAAAAAUAAAAACCAUCCUCUGCAAUCUAGCAUCAAUCUAAGAGCCGCCAAAAUGAAUGAAAC